GGCAUAUCAGACCAUUGACAUUCUUUUUUCAACUGACAUUCUUUUUCUUCGUUCUUUUCCAUAGUAUAUCCAAUCAUUCAUUACCUCCUUCAAUUCUUUUAGUGUACAUUUUCCAACGGACUAUUUUGUAAUUUAUUAAUGACCAAGAUGAAAUCAUUCUUUUUAACUCUGGCCACGGGCUUUAUGCUCAGUGGUAUGGGCCUUGCGUUUCCAGUGGAGGGAACUGAUUCUCAAGACCCUGGCUUUCUGGCCUUCCUUUCCAAGCGAGCUACAAUAAGUACAGACAACACUUGCGGAAAUUCAUUCGCAGGAGCAAACAAUAGCUAUUCUUGUGACGCUACUGUAAACACGGGAGGAUGCUGUUCCGCCUAUGGAUAUUGUGGAAACACAACUGACUACUGCGGAACUGGCUGCCAAACUGCCUUUGGAACUUGUACUGGGGCAACAGUCCAGCCGUCAGAGAACACUUUCACAUGUGGAGCAAGCAAUGGGGGACUUUCUUGCACUGGAGGACUUUGCUGUUCUACGUCGGGAUAUUGUGGAAACACAACCGAUUAUUGCGACGUAGGAUGCCAGUCUACAUUUGGAGCUUGUAACACUGCUGCUGCCGAGCCAACCACAGGAGGAACUUGUGGUCCAAACUUUGGUGGUGCAACUUGUGGAGGAAACCAAUGCUGUAGUGUUUCCGGAUACUGCGGAACUACCCAAGACUAUUGUGCCGACCCAGGAAGUUGCUUACUUGGAUAUGGAAGAUGCGACUCAGAUGCAACGCCUGCCGGAGCAUCAACUCUUAAUGUUGCAAGACCAUUGAUGGGACCUAUCACCUAUACGGAUGAUAUCUAUGACUGCGUGCAAACUAAUGUCGUAGCCCUUACCUACGAUGAUGGCCCAUACAACUAUACAUCCGAUCUCCUCGAUAUCUUGAAGUCAUAUGGUUAUCAAGCGACAUUUUUUAUCACCGGCAACAACAAUGGAAAAGGAGAGAUCGACACCACCGCUCCCUAUCCAUCUUUGAUUCAACGUAUGAUUGCCGAAGGACAUCAAGUUGCAUCCCACACCUGGAGUCAUUACUCUCUUUCAAAUAUUUCACACGACCUUCGAAUGCAACAGAUGGUAAAGAACGAGAUGGCCUUCAAUAACAUCAUCGGAAAAUGGCCAACUUACAUGAGACCUCCUUAUUCUGAUUGUACUGAGGCAUCAGGAUGUUGGGCAGAUAUGCAAACCCUAGGAUACCACAGAGUCUAUUUCGAUUUGGACACUCAGGAUUAUCUAAACCCCCUGCCAUCGCAAAUUCAGAAUUCCAAGAACAUUGUGCAGAAAGCGCUUGCUUCAACAGCCGUUCAAGACUACCUUUCUAUUCAGCACGAUAUUGUACAGCAAUCCGUUGGCAACCUUUCCACCUAUUAUUUCGAUCAAAUCAAGGCCAGAGGAUGGAAGGGCGUUACCGUAGGUGACUGUUUGGGUGACACCGAUAGAACAAAUUGGUAUCGCUCUCUCACCUCCGGUUCCACAACGUCAUCUUCUGUCGCAGUCUCAUCUCAAAGUACUUCUGCAACCGCAAAGACCAGCGGCACAUCAGCAACAGUCGCUACAACUGCCCAAAGUUCUGCUGUAUCUGCGACCGUCACAACUUUGAGAUCCACAAGCACUGCUCUUAGUUCCGUGAAGUCGUCCACGAGCUCUGUAAAGAGUUCAUCGACGGUCAAGCAAUCGACUUCGGCGACUGUAGCGACGCCAACGAAAGCCCCAACCCCAGCGGCAACAUGCGCUGUAACAGUGGGAAAAUGGUGUGGCAAGGUUACUCCUUUCAACACCAUGUUGACAUGCCAAAAAUCAGCCGCUGCCUGUUAUGCAGAUACCUUGAAAUGCGCUACGACUGCUGGCUGGAAGAAUCUCUCCAAAUGCGCUGCUUUCACUAAAAUUUGCGAAAAGCUGCCACUUUAUUGUCUGAAAUGCGUCAAAGCUGGUUGUUCGAAUACCGCUUUUGGUUAUUAAUAGAGUGCAAGUUGUGAGACUCAAUGGGGUGACGGGCGUAUAAAAUAGUGGGGCAGGAUGAGUGUUCGCGAAUUUGGACAUAUCUGUCAUGGUUUAUUGAGGCGUUUGAGUAUCAGAAUAUCUGAAAUGUCGUAGCGUUGGGAUGGCAGCUAAUAAAUUGUUUCCAAUAUAUUCUUCAUUCAUGCAAUCUGUUUUGAACACGAUUGUUACAAGAUAAUUGCGGCUUCCCGUGUCUGUACGUACGCUCUACAGAACCGUAACAAUUGAUACAUUCAAUCAGUCAAAACCAGACAAUGGAAACAUUGAAAGUCGAUUCUGAGAAUUGAUAUCAAUAUCCAUUUUUGUUUUUAUUUGCAGUGCCAAAUGAAUCGAGAAGUUAAAGUAUUCCGAAUAUUCUAGUUGCUUUUGGGGGCAUGCACAGUGUUUCCCAUAGCCCAAACGACGAAUUAUUUUAAAAUUCUAGUUUUGAAUUUCUCA